AUGGCCGCCAUCGCCAACCAGACAUACACUCCCACCGAGGAGACGGAGAUCCAGCAAUGGCUCACCACCUCCGACCGCCUCAAGUCUAGCGACGACAAGGCCUCUAUCCUCGAGACUCUCAACAGCCACCUUGCCAGCCGAACUACCCUCCUCGGCAGCAAGCCCAGCAAGGCUGACGUCGCCAUCUACGAGACCUUGUCCCCCGUCGUCGCUAAGUGGUCUCCUGACGAGCGAACCGGAGAGAAGGGCCACCCUCAUAUUGUCCGCCACCUUGACUUUGUCCAGAACUCUACCCUCUUCGGCCUCGAGCUCAAGGAUGGUCAGAAGUUCCAAGUUGACCAGGAUGAUGUCCGCUACGUCAAGCCUCCUGUUGACGCCAAGGCCGAGAAAGAGCGUUUGAAGAAGGAAAAGGCCGCCGCUGCUGCCGGUGGAAACAAAGACGCCAACCUCGUCGACCGCACGAAAGAAAAGGUCAAGGAGAAGGUUGAAGAGGUCAAGGGUGCGGCUGCUGCGGCCGUUGGUGGCGAUAAGCCCAAGAAGGAGAAGAAGGAGAAGGCUCCUAAGCAGCCGAAACCUGCUCCAGUGGCUGCCCCCUUGUCCCCCUCCCUCAUUGACCUCCGCGUUGGUCAUAUUCUCAAGGCCGUCAACCACCCUGACGCCGACUCUCUCUACGUCUCGACUAUUGCCAUGGGCGAUCUCGCCGGCAACGAAGACUACACCGAAUACGAAGGACAGGUCUGCCGAACUGUGUGCUCUGGUCUCAACGGCCUUAUCCCGCUGGAGCAGAUGCAGGGCCGGAAAGUCGUCGUUGUAUGUAACUUGAAGCCCGUCAAGAUGCGCGGCGUCAAGUCGUGCGCCAUGGUUCUCGCCGCCUCCCCCAAGGUGAAGGAAGGUGAGGUUGACGACCACAAAGGCCCCGUUGAGCUUGUCUCGCCCCCAGAAGGGGCCAAGGCUGGUGAUCGGGUCUUCUUUGAGGGUUGGCAGGGUGAGCCUGAGGGUGUGCUGAACCCCAAGAAGAAGAUUUGGGAGACAUUCCAGCCUGGGUUCACGACCAAUGAUAGCCUGGAGGUGGCGUUUGAUGCUGGUGUUGUUGAGCAGCUGGGCAAGACUGGCGUGGGCAAGCUGGUCACUGAGAGUGGUGGUGUUUGCACCGUUCAGACCCUGAAGGGUGCUGUUGUGCGAUAG